CAUGUUACGAUGCUUCUUUAGGAUCACAUUGUUGUUGUCGUCGUAGAAGAGUACGGAGAUGGGACUGAGCUUGGUGGGUGCGCAGCACGCUUUGGGAACCUCGUCCGGCUUCAGAAGGGUUCGCAAUCGUCGGGAGGUGGACAGCGACAUCGACUUCGAAGAGGAAUCAACUGCCCUGGAUGAGGUCCAGUUGGUUGUGCCAUUGGAUGAUGUGCCGGAUGUACCACUGCUGCCAGCCAUCCUUGAGGAGGUGCCAGAUGUGCCGACUAUCCUUGAGGAGGCCACUGGUAAUUGGCAGUUGAUACCGAUUAGGUUUAGCUCCCUGUACUGUGGGCCUGUUGUGAUCAGGAACAAUGCCGGUCCGGUGGCUAAAGCUUGGAGAACUUUCCAGUUCAUCAGCCCCAUUAUCACCUACAUGCGUGGGGGAUCCCAGCAGGUGGUGGUGAGGAUGCACCAUGCGAGUAGGGUUCGAGGCCUGGAGACUCAACUGGUGUGGGCCAUCUCCAAGGAGACACACAGACUUAGUCCAGAGGGCAUCCCCUACUGUGCCACCAAGGUGCAGUCCAUCUCUUGGAUCCAGUAUGUGGCUGGCAGGGUGACCCAGUAUGCGUCUCACCUCCGCCACGAGACGUCUGUGGCCGUGACGCAUGGCUGCUACCAGCAAACUGAUGUCUCGGUGGUGUACGCCACUCUCCACAUGGGGCUGGAUGGGCUGCUCUCCUCCUCGGCGUGGUCGGAGGCUGCCUCCGUCUCUACGCCCACCACUCAGCAGUUCACUGAGCCAGAGCCUGAGGGCCACAACUGCUAUGAGGGCUGGGAGGAGGACCUGCUGCCUGAGGAGAGGGAGGUUCCUCUGCUAAACCUCUACCUUACCACCAAGAGAGUGGAGGACAUCGGCCUGAGGCUCGUCUCCUGCGCCAGGCCUUUACUGAACCAUCUGUUUGUGGCGGGAAAGGUCCUACUGGGCGCACUGGUUCAGGUCCACCAGAUGGACGAGGCCGAAUUCAUCCGUGCCUAUAACGACUUUGUGGACUACCUGAGUGACCCCUCCAAGCAGAUUGACAUUGAGAGGGAGCUGGCUGAGGCAAAGAUCCAUCAUGUUAACCUGAUAGAUGUCCUUUUUGAGCUGGUGCUGUUUGGGAUGAUGACAGCUCAGAAAUCCCUGAUGGUGCAACCUGGUGGGUUCAUGGAGCGUCUGUACGCUCUCCUGUACUCCUUCCUGCCCACUGUUGCCAGCAUUGAGCCAAAGGCUGAGAGAUACCUGUUGCUGCUCAAUGGCGGGCUGAUGGCUCUGCUAGAUGACAUGUUUGGGCAGCAGCUGGCCUGGUAUUUUAACCGAGAGUCUCUGGUCACUGAGCUCUCCAGCCUCCUGGAGUACCACCUCGAGUACCUCAUGGCCAGCAUGUAG